AUGUAGAAGAUGUUCUCAAAAAAGACUGAGACCAAACCAUAAGUAGUCAAACAAAUUGAUGAAGAGGCUUUGAAAAAGAUAAGCUUUUUGUCGUGAAAACAAGAGAAGAUGAAAAAAAAUUAUAAGAAUAAAAGAAAACUAGAUAAUAAUAAACUUAUAGAGUGAGCUAAAUACUGAAGCAGCUAAAUAUUUAGGUUUCACAAAUUAAGUAUAAGAACCUAAAAGAGAAAAUGAAAGAAGGGGAGAAAGAAGAUAAUAUGAUAAAUAAGAACCUAUAUAAGAAUAAUAAUAAUAAAGUGAAACUUAACCUUAAGAGGAAAAGGAGAAAGAUAAGAUAGAGGCGAUAGAUAAGAUAGAGAGAUAAUAAUACUAGUGA